AACGCUCUCCCCAAACCCUACCCGCCGCCGCCGCCUGCUCCUCCUCCAAGCAGCGCCUCCGCUCACAUCUCCGGCGCCUCGUCUCGAGCUCCCGCUCUCCCCUUCGACCAUGGCGGAUGUGGAAGUGGAUACGGAGGUGGCGGCCGCGGGUCAGCCGAAGAAGAGGACGUUCCGCAAGUACAGCUACCGCGGCGUGGACCUCGACGCGCUCCUCGACAUGUCCACUGACGACCUAGUCCAGCUCUUCCCCGCGCGCGCACGCCGGAGGUUCCAGAGGGGUCUGAAGAGGAAGCCGAUGGCGCUCAUCAAGAAGCUGCGCAAGGCGAAAAAGGAUGCUCCUGCCGGUGAGAAGCCAGAGCCAGUGAGGACCCACCUCCGCAACAUGAUCAUUGUGCCUGAGAUGAUUGGUAGCAUCAUCGGUGUCUACAACGGCAAGACCUUCAACCAGGUUGAGAUCAAGCCUGAGAUGAUUGGCCACUACCUCGCAGAGUUCUCCAUAUCGUACAAGCCAGUCAAGCACGGCAGGCCCGGUAUCGGUGCCACCCACUCCUCAAGGUUCAUUCCCCUCAAGUGAGGCUGGAUGUGGGGUUUUGUUCUCUUCCAGAGUUUGGUUCUCUAUGUAGUUUGAGCUGUCAAGUUGCUCCUUAUACCUGCUAUGUACUGAGCAUUCUUGUUCUGAACCCUUAUUAACUGUUAUGUUAUUUUGACGUAUCAUUUCGACCACCAUUUUCCCUCGUUGCAUGAAAAUUUACUUGCUGUACCUUGUUAUCAA